AUGAGAUUCAGAAGGAAGGGAAAGCUAAGUCCUAGAUUUAUUGGACCAUAUGAAGUUUUGGAAAGGAUUGGGAAUGUAGCCUAUCGAUUGUCUUUACCAACAGAGUUGGAUAAGAUCGUGGAGAUGGACGAGUCUUUAACUUAUGAGGAAAAACCAAUAAAGAUUCUUGAUACUAAAACAAGGGAAACCCGAAGGAAAGUUGUGAAGCUCGUUAAGGCUUUGUGGUUGAACCACCUGACAGAAGAGGCCACUUGGGAAGUAGAUGAUGAUAUGAGAAACCGUUACCCGACUUUGUUCGAUCAAGAGGUUGAGUUCCUUCUUUUUCGAGUCUUCCUUGUUGCCUUAUGGUUUUGCUUUGAGGAUGAAGCAUCUUUUAAGCAGGGUAGAUUGUGA